GGAGAGCUCGCGCUCAUUCUUGCUCCUUCUCGUCUAGACACUGCCGCACGCCUCCAACCCCCUUCUCGCGCACUACGGGUCACGUGACUCUUCGUAGGGCUCCCUCCCUCCUCAUGGCCCCGCCCAAGCGCGGCGCGUGGAGGUGGUGGUGGGCGCGGUGUUUUGGCGCGCGGGCUUUUGGAAGCGUUUGCCGCGCGCCGCUGGCCCGUCCCUUUGAGCGGGGAGCCCGGCGCCGGGCAGGAUGCGGAGUCGCGAGGAGGUGGAGGCCACGCUGCAUAUCGCGAAGCUGAACCCGGCGGAGCUGCUGCCGCCCGUGCACUGCCUCCGCUUCAGCCCCCGCGCCAGCGCCGGAGAGUGCUGCCUGCUGCAGCUCGAGCCGGGCCUUUGCGCCGAGCUGGAGGCGGGGCGCAGCCUAGUGAUCCGUGGUGAAAAAGAUGAACAGGCUGUGCUGUGCAGUAAAGAUAAAACUUAUGAUAUGAAAAUAGCAGAUACUUCAAAUAUGUUGCUGUUUAUCCCUGGCUGUAAAACUCCAGAACAGCUGCUUGCAGAUCAAGCAUCAUGUAAUAUCAUUCACACCCAGAUUGCUGGUUUCUCCAAUAAUUACUGGGAAUUAAGGAAAUGUCGACCUAAACUAAAGAAACUAAAGAAACUUCUAAUGGAGAAUCCUUAUGAAGGACCAGACAGUGAGAGAGAGAAAGCUCUGACUGACUCAAAGUAUACAAUGGAAGACUUGCUAGAUCGGAUUCAAGCAAGUGAGGAGGAAAUACUGCAUCAGUUGCAGGUUAUAAACGCCUGUGAAAUUGAAGGAUAUUGGCGGGUUCUAGAAUUUGAUUAUGAGAUGAAACUUCUGAAUCAUGUGACUCAACUAAUAGAUUCUGAAUCUUGGUCUUUUAGCAAGGUUCCUUUAAGUAUCUGUCUUCAAGAACUUGGACCCCUGGAACCCGAAGAAAUGAUACAACAUAUUCUUUUAAGUUAUGGAAUGAAAUAUACUGAUGAAGAUGAAGUUUAUUUUGAAAUGAAAGCAGAUAAAAUAUGCACAGCUACAGCACAAAUGCUCUUGCAAAAUGCAGUUAAAUUCAAUCUAGCAGAAUUUCAAGAAGUAUGGCAACAAAGUGUCCCUGAAGGGCUGACAACAAGGCUGGAUCAGCUCAAGGGUUUGGCUCUGUUGGACAGAAACUCAAGACCAGAGACUAUCUUCUUGCUAAAAGUAGAAGAGUUGCCUGAGGAUAACCAGGAAAGGUUCAACAAGUUAUUUACCAUUCGGGAAAAGUGGACAGAAGCAGAUAUUGCCCCAUAUAUUCAAGACUUAUGUGCAGAGAAGCAAACAGUAGCUGCACUUCUGACCAAAUAUGCUCGUUCUUCCAUGCAGAAUGGAGUCAAAGUUUACAACUCUAGAAGACCCAUCUCAUAACAAGAAACAACCUUAUUUAAGAAUCAAGAAUACAUCAAGAAAUAACAACUGGUGGUGGUCAUACCAGAAUUAUUUGUAAUUAUGUAGCAAUAUCAACUAAUUUGAAAUGUCACUGUUGCGAAAGAUCUGCCAGCUUAAAAAAAAAAGUGUAGUACUGUACACCGAAGACAGUGGAAUUCUUUAUUUUAGAUCUUUGUGGAAACAAUUGCUCUACCACAAUCUACAAACACACAUUGCUGGAAUCUAGGGUCCACCAUUUAACCAGGAAGACUUACAAAUUUGUUUGUAUUGAACUGAAAUUUGUAGUUUGUCUUAAAACUCUAGAAGCAAAAUAAACUCUAUCCUGACUUUGCCCUUCGUUUGUGCAAAAUUUGCACACUUUUUUCUUAAGUCUGCUGAUAGAAAAUUAUUACAGAGAAAACUAUUGCUUCUACACAGCAGUCGUUUUCCCAUUUAUCUUGUAAAAGCAGUCUACUUCCAGUGACAGUACUGAAUAUAGUAUUUCAAAAGCAAAGUGGAAUGCUUGAUUUGUUUGCUAUUAAAAAUUGAACUGUCAGAGCAUAUUAGUUAACUACAAGCAAUAUUAGUGUUUUGAGCUGUGUGGGUAAAACGAGAAAUUUGGCCUUAUAGGUGAAUUACUCAUUUCCAGUGUGGACUACAGGUCAGGCCUUUGGAAAGUGGUCCUUAUGGUUCAUGUCUUUGAAUGUGGAUAACAUGAAACAGAAUUAUGAGGCACUUAAUGUUCUGGGUUCUUGACAAUUUAAUACUAUUGGCAAAAUUGCCUUAAGUUACAGAAUGCUAAGGGGAUGCCUCAAAUUACUCAGACAUGUUAUGGACUCAGCAACUUUCUGUAACCUGUCCUUCACCACUGGAAUAUUGUCAACAUAAAAUUAAUAUACCAGAAAGCUUCCAUUUUUAAAAGUGGUAGAUUAAACUGUUUCUAGUAGUAUACUGCAUAUCUAGACUAUAUGAGAACCCUAAAAAAAAGUUUCUGCAACAUUUCCACCCAAAUGUAAAUUUUUUUUAAAUGUAGAGCUGUGAAGCAUAUACUUUGUAAUAUUGCUAAAUUAAAUUUUGUAAAGGUUUUUUAUAACUGGAUUUCCAUUUGGCAUUUGUUAGUAACCCUGUGCACCCCAGUUUUCUAUUAGACAGCUUUGCAAAUCUCAGUAUUAAAUGGAAAUAAUAUUGUAAUACUUUAGGUAGCUUGCUAUUUAAAAUAUGAAUGCACAUAAGGCAUUACCAUAUACAUGUGGGAGACCACAUGAUGGUUAAUGUGCCAAUGAGUGGGGAAGGAGGGGAAGAGGGGAACAAACAUUUAUAAAAUAACCUGGUUUCACCCUUAAAAUAGGGUAAACUUAUCCUUCGAAUCCUAAUGUAAGAGCUGAAUAAACUGCAGCACCACCA